AUGCAACAAUCGUCAGGAUACGAGAAAGCAAAGCUGUCAGGGAUAGGAGGGGUGUUCAAAUCUCUAACAAAAUCUUUCAAACCGACAACCGGUCGAGUGCCUGUGGUCAUAAAUGCUAAAGUUGUAGGAGGAGGGGCAGAAAUGCCCAGAUUCUUGCAACAGCUUCGAAGUGACUCCCUUGCAGCUAGAGUCGAGGCAGCCAAUGAGAUAAGCAAGCUUGUUCUGAAGGUUUCCAUCUCCUCAACGAUGGAGAUCUGGUAUUUGGCACGAGAUCUCUGCCAAAAGGAACAUCAGUCUGCAGUCAGAAGAAGUGGUCUCCGCGUUCUCGUCGAAUGCAUUAAGAAAAAUGAGGCUUCCAUUGGUGACCGACUCAUAUAUUAUAAGGAUAUUACUAGACUAUGUGCACAUGCAAAUGGCAGUUUAGAUCCUGAAUUCGACUUGUUUUUGGAAGCGCUUAUUCAUUUAACAGAAAACGGAAAAGAGCUCCAUGAUCUAAAUAUGUAUAGCCAAGACCAAUCUUGGAGCGAAUUUGUUUUGCGCAACUAUGGUAUUGCAAGUCAAGCAGCGCCUUCCUUCAAUAAGACCGGGGCCAAGGACCGAGGCUACCUACUUUUUACCAAAAUGACCGAAUACUUGAAGAGCUGCCUCAAAUACAAUUUUGGACUAGUUACAGAUCAAUUUGUCCUGAAGGUUCUUCACAUAGUGCUGUCGGUCUCUUUCGAGACCAAUAGUAUUCCUCUACUCCAGAAAUUGUGCAGCCUAGUCAACACAAUUACAAUUUUUGGCCACGUACCAUCAACUGCGCGGCAGGAGACAAUCACUCUUCUAUGUUGGCUGUCCUCCUAUGCAAUUGAUCUACAGGAAAUGUCAUGGGAGUCUCUCGUGAAGAUAAUGAUUGAAAGGCCAAAUGAAACUCUUGUUGAUGUCAUUUCGAUCAUCAGACAGCCUACAGUGCAAGACAAUGCCACUUUUCACAUUCUUUCCGAUGAGGAUUCACUACCUGCUCUUAGUGCUCUACCCAGGCCCUUUCUAACUGCUCUAGGCGCGAUAGGUUCACUAGAGCAGCUACUUCUUCACAUCAGUGCCAGCGACUUAAUAAGCAAAUCUAUCUUAUCCUGGGGUAGCCUUUACGCGGAUGUUACCGAUCCAAGGAUUUGUGACAUUCCUUUAUUGAACACAGGCAUCCUUCGAAUGUUCGAUCGUCUCAUGUCAAAUGCUAUCAGAAUUGGAUCACAUUCCAAAUCAUCAUUCACUUCGUUAUUUCCGUUCAGAAUUUGGUGUAUAUCAUCAGGCGGUUUGUUAGACAUUCUUCUGAGACUACAUCUCAACAGCAGUCUGGAUCGCGAUUACUGGUGCUCUAUUUGCACCUCGUUACUCUCAAGGUUCCAACUCAAUGAGAUACCAGUCACUAAAGAUAGCUUUGUGGAGUUCCUAUUGAGAAAGCAUGUAUGCUUUCCCGAUACAAUCGCCAACUAUAUUUUGGACUACUAUCAAGAUUGCAAAAAGUGUGUUUCAUUUAGUUCAAAUUGGAAAGAAGACUGCGAUAUUGUACUUGAAUCAUUUUUUCACACGUCCAGCAACAAAACUCUUCCCACUGAUAUCAGAAUUAAGGCACUUCGAGUUAUCAAUGAAGCUUUCGAGCUUUCAGUUGCUUAUUGCGAUGACUACAGUAUUGGCAAAGACUACUUGAUCAAUAUCGUUUGCAAUCUCAAGGGAGAAAAUGAUGCAGCUCUCAUCGAGUAUGUUUAUCAAGAAUUGAUGUUUGGCCUCAUAACAAAGUCUUCACUUCCUUUUCUACGAGACAUUAUGAGCAUCUUCGAGCUACAAACGUAUCAGAAACCCACAAAGGCGAGACUAAAGAGCAUCGUUUCACUCACCUCUUUUACUCACACCGGGCCAAGGCGUGUUGAUUCUGUCAAGAGUGAUCGAGAAAGUGAUGUCAACACUGUGACUUUGAAACAAACUUAUCUGUGUGAGUUAGCCAAAGUGUUGUGCAAAUCUUUUUUUGUACUCUCAAAUACCAAACCCGAGGCUGCAACAAUAAUUUUUGAUUUUCUUACUGCGUUUUGCAGCGCCACGCUCGCAGAUGAAGACUUUGAAGCAGCUCUUGUUCUAAUUCGAGGCCUCAUAAGAAUUCGCUGCACCGUGGAGGGGUACGUCUUUUUAUGUCAACCAUCCGAUAUGGAAGGACUUGCAACUACGAUGAAUAGAAACACACUAAUUGGCUCGUACAAGCCUUUACCUGGACAUGAAUGGAGCUAUCCCGAACAUAAACUGUAUCUUCCUGAAAGCACAUUCAAUCAACCAAACAGGUCCCUCAUAGUGUUUAAUGCCGCGUCCGCAAAAUUAAAUACUCCCAAGAAAGGUACGUCAGCGCUCGACUUGUCGAAAUGGUUCUCUAUAGUCUCCAAAAUUACCGAAGAACAGUAUCACUGGGAAUUGUAUUCCUAUGUAUGGGCUCACUUCUGUUCACAAUUGAGUAAUGUCAGACUUUUUGAAGGAAACGAAACAUUUAUUACGAAUUUUCGCAAAACAGUUUGCGAUCAGUUAUUUCUCAACCUACCACCGUCAUUAUCAUUCCCUUUAUCGGAUCCUAAUGUGACCAAAGCUGACUUGUUGGUGGCUUUUAUUCGAACAUUGUCGUCGUUGAUGGGAUACCAUCAUUUGUUCAACAAACAAGAGGAGGAUCAAAUCAUUAGCUCCCUAUUGUCAAGUUUGGCAUCAUGGGAGAAAACUGCAAUUCCAAGUAUUCACAUGUUGACCAUUUGUUGCUACGAAAUUCCAGAGUCUUUGAAGAAGUAUUUGAUUCCGAUUCUUACUAGAUUGCAAACAAGUAUUACAAGCGCAUUUGCGAGUAGUCACACUCUAGAAUUUCUCAUGGCCUUGAUCCAAGUCCCCACAUUAACAGAUAACUUCACUAUUGAUGAAUUCAAAAGAGUCUUUGCAAUCACCUUUAGAUACAUUGAGCAUGCUAUGGAUAUGAAGAAAAGAAAUGUUCUCACUACUAAACCUUCUGAGGAGGAUGGGGCACGUUUGCAACAUCAUGGUGUUGAUGCCGAGGUCGACAAAAAAGUCUCAACCCAAUGGACCGAGAUCACCCCAAUGUUGCACCAAUACCUAUUGACAACCUCCUUUGACGUCCUCAGUCAAUGGUUUCUCAAAAUUCGGUUGGAAGAUAGAUCUCAGGUGAGCGCAUUCAUUACCAAGAACAUUGUUAUGUGCGGGGGAGCAGAGAAAUUUCAAGACCUAGAUGAUGUUACAAUUGCUCACUUAGAUUUUGUGGCUAGAUUCACCUACAGUAACUUACCUUUGAGAAUCCUCAAUCUAAGGAAGCAGUCAGACCAAUCCAAUAUGUCAAGCAACAAAUGGAUAAUUGGUCAGGCAGUAGUUGGGAUAGAUGUCAAUAUGAAGACCGGCGAUUCUGUUAUCUCGUUGAGGCGGCCUACAGGAUGCUCCGUAUUUGACUUGAAGCUCAAUCCCCGGAUGACCGAAAACAUGACGAACCCUGGUAAGGCCAACCUAUUCACCAGUAGUUACUUGUUGCUACAGUUGUACAAGCCUUUAGACCAAGAUUCAUCAUCUAAGCCAAUUCCUCUCUUAGAUGAUUCCGCAACUGAGCGCGCGAUAGGUGCAUUUGAUCGUUUGCCAGUAGUCUCACACCACAAGGCUGGCAUCAUAUACAUUGGACCAGGUCAGAGUGAAGAAGUUGAAAUUCUUGCUAAUACUGUCGGAUCUUUGGACUACCAACAAUUUUUAGACGGCAUCGGACGCAUGAUUCGACUCAGUGAAGCGAGCUCGGUGUAUGUUGGUGGACUCGAUAAAGAAAACGGCAUUGACGGGGACUUUGCUUACUUUUGGAGUGAUGAACUAACUCAAUUGAUCUUUCAUGCCACCACUCUCAUGCCAACAACGUACAAUGACAAAUAUCUCCUGCUCAAAAAGAGACACAUCGGUAACAACUACGUGAAUGUUUUUUUCGAUGAAUCAGGCCUACCAUUCAAUUUCAACGUGAUAAGAUCUCAGUUCAAUUUUAUCAAUAUCGUCAUUUCUCCUCAUACUAUCAGCUCCAACCCUGCGGCUAACCCAGGAAAUAAGUUUUACAAAGUGAAGACAUACAGACGAAGCGAAGUUCCAGGAGUCUUUUCAACAUCUCACUACAAGCUUAUAUCUCUUGAGCAACUUCCCAAAUUUAUACGAAACAGUGUCUUGAUGGCUAAUCGCCUUGCUCACAUAUGGCACGAGUCAGUUGAUGGCAUCUUCGUAACUAAUUGGGAGAUGAGAGUGAAACAGUUACGCGCGCUCAGAGAGCGGGCACUAGCAUCUCACGCGGCGCUCCAAGACGAGCAAAAGAAACACCACGACGAGCAAGGCUCUCUCAAGACGCAGGGAGGCGGAACUGACGCAGCUUCCGCUACGAUGAUUCAGUCAUUUUUGGAGCAGCUCCAGGCUCCAGGAGUCACCUCUUUUACAAAUAACCCACUUCAGACUGUGCGUUAUGAACAUCCAGCACCAACUGAUAGUGAGUUGCAUCAUCUUUUGGAGUUCAACCUGUACACAUAUUAA